GCGAGGGAGAGGGAGAGAUGGAGGGGGAGAGGGAGAUGGACAGUGAGGACGAGGGAGAGGGGGAGAUGGAGGAGUGGAACGGGCUGAUCUUGGGCGAGUGCGAGCUCAGGAGAGGAGGGCAGAAGCCCGUGACGGAGGUGAGAGAGCUGCUUCCUGGGGAGCCCAUCACCCCCAGUAUGGUCCUGGGGCUGACGGCCAGCACUGCGGACUACCUGUGCUCCCCAGAGGACAACAUCUACAACAUCGUCUUCUCUCGCUUCAAGAUCCGGGACAUGGAGAGCGGAGGCGUGAUACUAGAGAUCAGGAAACACUGUCCCACGGAGAUCCAGGAUGUGAGAGAAGUUAAUGCAGGCAGGUUUAUCCGGUAUCACUUCACCCCUGAAUUCCUGCAGCUGAGAGAGAUUGGAGCAACUGUGGAGUUCACAGUGGGCAGUAAAGCCCUGAAUAAGUUCCGUCUAAUCGAGAGACACUACUUCAGGGACAGGCUGCUUAAGAGCUUUGACUUUGAGAUCGGCUUCUGUAUCCCCAACAGCCGCAACACUUGCGAGCACAUCUACGAGCUCCCAGAGCUGGACAGCGAGACAAUUGAAGAGAUGAUCGCUCACCCCUUUGCAACAAGGUCUGACAGCUUCUACUUCAUCAAUAACAAGCUGAUAAUGCACCACAAGGCGGAGUACAGCUUCUCAGGAGGGGAGUAGAGGGUGGAGGAGAGGGUGGCUGUACAGUAGAUCGAGCUCAGAGACAGUGCAGUGAACUGUACAGUACUGUGUGUACAUACCGAGCAGUCUAGUUAAAUAGUAGAAAUCAGUACAGUGGUACUGAUCAGUACUGAAAUCAGUAGGAUCAUUACAGAGAGUAAGUGUGUCUAUAGCCAUAAAAUUCAAGACAGAAUCUGUCAGAAA